ACAAAUGAGGGCAGGCUUCAAAUCUGACCAUCCUGGGUUUGGGGAUAGCCUCUCCUACGUGCUGCGUGACCUUGGCCAAGUCACACCACCUCUGGAAGCCUCAGUUUCUCUGUCUUGAAAUGGGCAUAACCUCAUCUAGUCCAGUACCUGUCCAUUAAAUUAAGUGACACAUGAAAAGUGCCUAACAGUGGGUUCCAAAUGAGAACUGUCAAGGGAUGACUUGAGAACCAUGGGGAUCAUUGGAGUAGGAGGCCUCGGGGGCCUGAUGGGCUAUGGCCUGGCCCAGGGCACAAGCCCUCUGCAUCUUCAGGACGGAUGAUGAUACACAGGUCUUUGGUCUUUCAUUUUUACCCACUUAACUACCCUAACUAAUUCAGAAUCCUGCCAGUGAUCUGGCUACCUUGGGAGACCUGAGUAAACCAAAGUCCCUACUGUGUGCAGGCGUUGACAUUCAUCAUUUUGGGGACAGGUACUGGGUGUCCACCCACCCGUGGCAUUAUCUUCAGCUCAUCUGAAUAUGUGCUUGUUGCUUCUCCUCCCUUUCCCGAUCAGUUUCUGUGAGUUUUGAUCCACUGGGGUGGGUGAACUCUUGUUAACUCCACAAAGUGACAUGGUGGUGACACGUUUCUUCACAAUGGGGCAAUCAUGUUCCAACAACUAGACUUCAUAGAAUGAUUGUCUGCACCCCCGGCACAGAAGAAAAAUAGGGACAUCAUGGCUAUCUUAGAGGUAUUUUUCCACUGGGAACCAGGGAUGGGUAAGCCUUGGGCUUAGGAAAAAUUAAUAAUUAGAGCAACAAUGCCCUAGACUCAUUUAUUCCAAGGCCCCUUAGUAAGAGAACCUUUUAACCGUAUAUAAAGCUAGGCAAUUCUGCACUUGUGCUGUCCUUCAUACAUCAAGACAGCAAAACCCUCUCACCUCUCUACUUUCAUGUAUACUUUGAAUAGAUAAUGCAUUCAAAUGAUUCAACACUCAAGUGCCAGCGUGGGGAAUGUCCGGUGAAAAGCUUACUCCACCUCUGUCCCUUUCCUGUCUGGGGGAGCCCCCAUUGCCUGGUUCUUGGUAGCCUUCAGAGAGUCUGUUCAUAUGAGGGAUAUGCGCAUUUACCCUCCCUCCCCCACCUCUUCUACAAAUGGCGCCACAUCAUACCACGUGGACACGCAGCAAACACCUCAUCCUUUGUUUUGUGGCUACAUAAAUGUUUCGCCGAACAGAUGUAGCCUAGUAAUGUCCGCGUUGUCAUACCCACCAUCGCUUCUACAGCUGGUGUGGUUGGCCCGUGCCGUGUGCCUUCAUGACCAGCUGUGAUAAUGGCAAUGUCAGCAAACACGAGGCCAGAUGUGCAGAGGCAGCAAGGCCCCAUCUCUGAAGCUGAGUCUUUGAGGCUGGCAAGGCCCAGGCUGGCUCACCCUGGCUCUGACGCCAGCCUCCCCCCAACCACCUCCCGCAGGCUGGGUGCUGGAGUGGCGCUGGCUGGCUGUGCUGGGCUGCGCGCCCCCCUCCCUCCUGCUGCUGUUCAUGUGCGCCAUGCCCGAGACCCCGCGCUUCCUGCUGACUCAGCACAGGCGCCAGGAGGCCAUGGCCGCCCUGCGGUUCCUGUGGGGCUCCGAGCAGGGCUGGGAAGACCCCCCCAUUGGGACCGAGCAGAGCAGAGCUUUCGUCUGGCCUUGCUGCGGCAGCCCGCCAUCUACAAGCCCUUCAUCAUCGGCGUCUCCCUGAUGGCCUUCCAGCAGCUGUCGGGGGUCAACGCUGUCAUGUUCUACGCAGAGACCAUCUUUGAAGAGGCCAAGUUCAAGGACAGCAGCCUGGCCUCGGUCGUCGUGGGUGUCAUCCAGGUGCUGUUCACAGCUGUGGCGGCUCUCAUCAUGGACAGAGCAGGGCGGAGGCUGCUCCUGGUCUUGUCAGGUGAGGGCUCACCCCUAAGCAGCCUCCCCGCCAUGGGCUGGAGGGCCUUUGCCCAGGCCACCACAUUGCAGGAGGAGGACAGGGAGCAUUUGUGAUGACGAACGUCGUGGACUAAUGCGGCCACGAUCUGACGGCAGCUCGUCACCAAGCGCUCACUGCAGGCCUGUCCAUGCUAGUGGCACUCCCACCCCAUGCCUUUGACCUCUGGUGAGCCCACCAGAAGGCGCCGUCACAGCCCCAGCUUAUGAUGGGAAAACUGAAGGCCAGGAAGGUGAAGUGACUCAGGAGCUUGUGGGUCGUUAUGGACAAGUGACUUUACCUCGCUGAGCCUCAGUCUCCCGCUCUGGGAAGUGGGGGUAAUGGUAGCGCCUUCCUCAGCGCCAUUGUGAGGAGUGGGAGGUGAUCCACGUGAGGCCUUCAGCAAGAGCUGCGGCCCACGGACAUUUGGUACCCAGCAGCUGCUGCAAAGACGACCGCUGGGGCUGAGGGUCACCAGCUGCUGCUGCUGCUGUGCCGGUACCUCCCGUUUCCUCGGCCCAGAGGGUCUGCUCCAGGAACUUCUUGCAGAUCGCUGAAGUCCAAGGCGGGAUGGCUGCCACCCAGUCAGGGCUCCUGGGGCCAAGGUCCCGGAACACCAGGCUGGCCGCUCUCUGGGAGCCGAGCCUGCCCCUCUCAGAGGCAUCCAGGCCAUGCUGCUGCCCCCUGGGCUGCUCCCCGGGCGCCCCACCCACUGCCGCCCU